AUGCCGGACCUCACAAAACCCGCCAACCACAUCCUCUUCAUCGCCUCCAUCGGAAACCCCGCUCCAUACCGAACCACCCGCCACAGCGCCGGCCACAUCCUCUUUGAAUCCCUCGUCCCACUCCUCCCCACGCGCUUCUCACCCACACCAAACCACACGCUCUUAGACGCAGAACAAUCAGUCUUCUACAAAACAUGGAAGAGUCCGUCGUACAUGAACGAGUCGGGAGGCAAACUCGUGCGCCGGUUGCAAAAAUGGAUUUCCACGAUUGAUACACGGCAGCGGAAGCCAACACUCGUGAUCCUACAUGAUGAACUCGAGUCGCCGCUCGGCAAAGUACGAGUUAAGCGCGGCGGGGCGGAAGCGGCUAGUCUGCGCGGUCAUCGGGGGUUGAUUAGUAUAAUGGAGGUUUUGCGCGGGAAGGGAUUGUAUCCUCCGCGAACACCUGCGGAGAAUACAGGGCUUUCGAUUAUGCGCGUUGGAGUGGGAAUUGGGCGCCCUGACAGUCGGGAGCGGGAGUCUGUGGCUGAUUAUGUUCUGACCAAGAUGAGUCCUAAAGAAUUGGCGGCGGUGCGAGCUGCUGCGGAUCCGGUGGUUGAGUUGUUGCUUCAGGAGCUUUAUCGUGAGGAGGGCGAGUUAUGA